AUGGGCGGCAAGAAGUCAUGGCAAGCAGAAGAGUGGCAAGAUCAAGAUUGGUCAUCCUACUCUACAUCUCGGCCACCGUGGAAAGUCUGGCACGGUGCCUAUGCAUCGGCAUCCCCGAAGGGCCGCCCGCACUACGACCAGAUGCCCUUGCCUGCCGACGGUGGAGCAUGGAAGGGCAAAGGCAAAAGCAAGAAUGCCUGGGUGGACCCAGAGGGUGGUUCGGACGACAUGCGAGAUGUGCAGCGAGCUCUGACCAAUGCGAGAAAAGCGGAUGGCCGCGUGCGACGGCUUCGAGAAGAGAGCCAAAGGAAACAAGAGCAAUGGAAGCGUUACGAGAAAGAACACAAGGAGGAGUAUGUGAAAGAGAGAGGGCGCUACGAGGCGGCCCUGCAACGAAUAGAAGCAGACAUAGCGGAGGCGACCAGACAAGGACACACGGCUGCCCAGGACGUCCGGGAUAUCGUGAAUGGUCGCAAGGUGACGAGGGCCCCUGCAGUCACCGAGGCGGAGAAUGCAUGGGACUCCUUGAUCGGAGCUGGAACCGAGGUCCAGCCAGAAGGAUUCCUUGGCGACGCCUUGAAUGCUGCGGACUCUGUGCAUGCACAGCCCAGUGGGAAUCAGGAUGGACUUGGCCGGCUGAUGACCCCAGAGGUGGCGGCGCGGCUGCUACAUGCUACUAUUGCGAGCCUUCCCCCUGGCUUGGAUGUCCAGGGAGUCCUAUCCGGACAGGCUCGGCCAACGACAACCGUGACAGAUCCAGGCCCGCCGACUGUGAACAAGGAGCCCCCGCCCACUCCAUUUCCGACUUCGCCCACCUCGACACGACCCGAGCUUGGCAUACCGAUGGUGAAUCCGGCGCCUGCUGCCAGCCCGGGGAACAAAGCCAAGGGCCAGAAGCAACCAAUCAAAGGCGGAAUUCUGCAACCAGUGCACACAGGCACGGGUUGCGCGGGCCUGGCAGACAAGUUGGAGGCCAAGCGUCAGGCCCUACAACCGUUCGGUCUGGAUCCCAGCCUUCGUGCCACCGAGCCGCAUUCGAUGGCUGCUGGACAGCAGAACAUCUCGGAGUCCGACGAGGAUUUGCAUAUGGACCACAAGCCAGACGGGGAGACCAACAGCAAACUGGAUGGGAUGGGCUAG